AUGAUCCCCGCUGUCUCGUCCGCGGAGAGACCCGGCCCUGUCUUCGUCUUCUCCCCCCCUCCCACCCCGCCCCGGGGCCGAGUCCCCCGGGCUGCCCUCCCCACCCGCCCGGGCGGGCCUCGCGGGGCUCCGCUGCUGCGCUGCGCUCGCUCCUCUCCCCCCCGCCCCGCCGGCUCAGGGGGGCGGUGGAGGCUCCGCUCCCCAGGGCCUGGCCCCGCUGUGACUCUCCGCUUUCUGCUGCCGGAGAAAGGAGGAGGGAGGGAGGGAGGGAGGCGAGGGGGAGGGGGUGGGGAGGGACGGAGGGAGGGAGCGGGGGGAGGGGGACCCGGGACGGGCGGGCUGGAGGGCGCGCGGCAGCAGCCGGGGCGCCGAGAGCCAGAGUCGGAACGCGGGCCGGGCCGGGCGCCCAGCCUCCCCUCGCCAGCCGCGGCUCGGGCCGAGGCUGCUGCGCGGCAGCGGGCAAGCGAGCAAGCGGUCAGCCGGACUGAGCGGCUAGAGCGCCCCACUCUCCUCCGAGUCCCCCUCACUCCGACACGAGGCUCAGCACUGCCAUUUUACCCAGCGCCGUCGCGGCCGCCUGGCAAACCCGGAGUGGAGAGCGGAGCGGGCGCAGGCCGUGGAGCGGACUCGCUCCCUUCCCCUCACAAAGGAGGAGGGGAGAGAACGAGCCGCGGCGGCGGCAGGCCCUCAGCCGCUUUCGCUAGGCAGCGCCGCCGCCGAAGGCUUCGGAGAAAACCCGGCCCGGAGCCCUCGCCUCUCUGGAGCCUGCGCCGCCUCCCUCCCGGCGUCCCUAUCCUGAUCUGUCCCCUACCGGCCGUACCGAGGGGAGCGGGCAGUGUGAACUUUACCCGCGGCUGCAAAAUUGGCCAGAGCCCGAGACCGCGGCCGCCUCGGCCCAGCCCUGACCCCCUGGCAGCCGGCCCGGUCCGUUGGCUGCUGCUUAGCACCUCUACAGCACUUUUCCUAUUCAAAGCCUUCUACGGACCCCGCUAAAGACCCAGCUGAGUGAGCCCUGCUUUUUACCCCUUUUGCAAGCCCAAAGGAAUGACUGAUCAUUGUUUGGAUGAUUCGUUUCCCACUCGCCUGCCCUCAUUAACCGGUCCUCACAAGGCUCUGGGGGCAUGAGGUCCGGAUUAUCCCCAUUUCACAGAAUUGAAAGACAGAGAGGAGAGGGAACUCCCUGUCACUUAAAGUCAGAAGGUGGAGGAGGGUGACUUUAAAAGAAGUGGAGUCACCAAAGCUGUCUUCGGUCUACUUGCCUUAAAGAAAAAAAAAUUGUGAGCACAUUUAACAAUGAUGCCAGAAUAUCAGAAUGGAUUUGAAGUCAAAACUGAUCAUCUCACCUCUGACUUAAAAUGGAGGCCACUGAAGCUGUUUUCGGGGCACAGAACAGUCAUCCAGCAGGAGAACCCAAACCCUGUUCUCACUCUCUUAAGAUAACGACCCAGUAGCCCUAGUCUCCAAAGACAGUACCUUGUAAGACUGAAAACCCACAGAAGAGGCUCCAGGGACUGCAGGAACCUGAGUGUUCAAACAAUUACCAGAAGAGUGAUGCACAAAAUGGAAACCAUUUUCUCCUCAAAGAACAGGCACAGUCCAACAAGUCACUUAGAAAAUGGAUGCUUCUCAGAUUUGUUUUCUAUUCUGUAGUGUAAAGAUUGUUUAAAGUUUACCAUUACAUUCUAAGAGACCCCGAUUGAGCUGGAGUUGGGUAUAAGGCCAGGUUUAUCUGAACAGAUGAAGGCAUACACAGAAAGCUCCAGUGUUGUCCUGAUCUACAGCCCCCACCAAAUCCCAGCAGCAGCCUUUUCUUCCUCAGGCUGACUUGGAAUGUUCUGACUUGACAGGCUAUGAAGGCUAGAGGGGAUUUCAGCUCCACACCAGAUGCAAGUCUGCAUUGGGAAAGGCCCAGGCCUGUGUUCCUAGACACCAGGAUCUCUUUUCCCCCUCAGAUUUGUAAAGGGAGACUUCACUGCCACAGAACCAUUACCUUAGAACAGAUUAUGCAGGACCCCGGAGUGCUGGCCAUGUCCCUGGUCACUAUGAAUAAUUCCAAAGCCUGAGGUCAUCUCUCCCCGCAAGAAACAGUGCAACCUACACCAAAAAGGCAAAACCUUCCUGUUAAUCUAAGAGUGGUGAGAUUAAAAAAAAAAAAAAAAAAAAAAUCCCACAGCUUUAUUCUCUUCCCCUCCCCCGGCCUCUAGCCAAGAACCAAAGCAGCCUACCAAGAAGAGCCGACUGACUGGUAUGGGCCAGUGCCCUCUUUUCACUCACAGUCCUCAGGGGCAACAACUCUUCCCUAGUGCAUUAGGUCCUAGAAACCAAAUUAUAGGCUGCCUCGUAGAGCUUGGCUAUUUAAUCAACUGCCUCUGAGCUGGCAAACAGUCCUGAGUCCUGCACACAAAUGAGGAAUUUUUUACAUGCAAUUAUCCUGCCAUUUUCCUCAGAGCUGGGGUGUAAUGGGAAACGUGGAGCCCAGUGAAAAUCUGGAAGCUAGAAUGGAUUUGUUUCCAAAGAAAGCCCUCAUCCCCUUUCUUCCAUGGCUGUGAAAUAUGGAAAGCGCCAAAAAUCUCUUUCCCUACACGUGGACAUGCUGUUUUGAAAACAGUCACCAUUUUUCUCUAGCAAUAAGGUAAAGUGCACAAAAAUCUAUCCACCUGGGUUGGAGGCGAUAAUGUGGGAUUUCUCUAUUUUUUUUUUUUUUUUAAUUCACUAGGGCUCUCUUCCACCUCUACCUUUAGAGCCCCACACCACAAUCCCAGGGAUUGUUGGGCUGAGGGAACUUUUUUAGAAACUGGCCCAUCAGCUCUCCCUAGGGGCAGUGGCAACGGGAAAGGGGGGGAGGGGAGGAGCUGGGCACGUGGCUGGCCCGAGCAGCAAGACCCCGGCUGGGGGCUGGAGGUUCUCUCUUCAGUGGAGUUUUCUCCCCCACGGCCCCUGCCUUUUAACCCCACACCCAGGCAGCUCAGGAAUCCCGGCGCAGAUUGGAGAACUAGGACUAGGACAGCGCUACCCUCGCGAAAGCGCCACGGCCAGCAGCCUGAUGGCAAAUAUGGACUGAAUCGUUGACAUGGAAACCGGACUAAAGUCUCGCUAGCUCUCCCUCAGAGGAGAGUUCUUAUCGCCGUCCCCGACUGUAUGGCACUUAGCAAACGCGGACUGGAGCUGCGCGGCCUGGAGGAUCAGGCGGAGUUUCUGGGCGCAUUAACUCCAGCGGCAGAGCAGCCAAGGAAGUGGGGGAGGGCUGCCAGGACAAACCGGCUGAAAAUGGCAGAGGAUGUGCUCCCAUUUUAUCCGGCUGCACAGUGUGCAUGGAUUGGGCCCGAGGAUAAGGGAACAACCUAUUAAAAUCCACACAGUGAACUGCAAAAUGUGGAACUGAGGCCUGGAGGGUUUGCUAGGAGAGGGAAACGUUUGCAUGGAAGACAGCCCUUCCUCUCUCGCAAUUUGUUUCCCCCAAAUGUCUGAAAUACAAAACUCAACAAACAAACAGAAGAUCAGGCUCGGCUCCUUCCUCCACCCAAUCCUUGUGGGAGAAAUCGUUUGAAGCCCAGGGACCCUAGUGAGGGUUUGCUUAGGUUUCUAACUAAAGGCGUGGAGAAUCGUUGGAGUGCCAGGUUGUUGCCCCCACACGUUCCCGCCGUGGCACAGCAGCAGACACCCAGCAGAGCUCUCUCGAGUGCGAACUGGAGCUGCGAGUUUGAGCAAAAGGGCAACUGUGUCAGUUGACGGAAGCCAGAAGCAGAGUUCAAAGCCUGGCGUGGAUUUCCGUCUGGAACUGUCUGUUUCUUAAAGUUUGUAACUCCGUGUUAAGAAACAGCCCCAGCGGAGGCUUUGGGAUCGGUGUGAAAGUCUAGCACUACCAUCUGACAGCGAGCUGCAAAACUUUGGGCUGCAUAUUAAGCGAGGAAAGUGGAUUGAAGCAAGAGUCAAGGCAAUUCAUUAAGUUACCGGCUCCCAGACGGGAGCUGUAAAAUACGAACUGGAUCUCGACUAAGAAAAAUGGAUUGAACUCGAAUGGCAUUCAAUAGCUCUUCGCGGUAAAACUGUGCCUGCCAAGAACCUAGAAUCCCAAAGGAGCAAACCAGGAGGCCUCAAAUUUGCUGGGCACACAAUAAGUGCUUUUCUUAGAUCCUUUCCCCACUCAUCUCAAACUCUUAAGCAAUUUUGGGGCAUUUAUAUUUCAGAAUAAUAAGGAACACAGUUUGAGAAAUGUUAAUUUCUGAAUGAGACUUUUUUUUUCCCCAAAGCAGCUGUGAAAAAAAAAAGCCUCAGGCAUAAGUCAACCAGCUUAUUUUGUCCCAAUAUAAAAUAAGAAUUACCCUCACCACCACAUCCCCCAAAACUAAAAUAAAAAAUAAAAUAAG